GCGCGCCCGAGCCAAUGAAAGCAGCGACGACCCAGUACGGCUCUGGCUCAGGUGGCAGUACCUACAGCUCUCGCUUUGGCUCCAACAGCAACGAGAAGCCUUCCGGGGUUUCGUCCAUCGCUUCAAAGUUCGGAGACACGAAACCUGCGUCGCCCACCUACAGAGUCCGCCCCUCCUCCCUCUCCACCACCACCGCCGCGCCCACCGCCACCACACUCUCUGCUCCCUCGCCCGCUUCCUCUUCCAGAUUCUCUAGGGAUUCCUCUCGCUCCGAGGGCGGGAGGUCUCCGGGAGGAUCCUACACUUCACGACUCAACAGCGGUACAAAUUUCGAACGAUCAGGGUACACUUCUGACGCGAAGUCGGGCUAUGGCUCCGACUACAAUAAAUCUGGCUAUGGUUCAGGCUAUGGUUCUGGCUCCAACUACAGUUCUCGCUACAGUUACUCGCGAAGUAACAGUUACAUGAAAGACUCGGAGCCCAGCAACUCUUACAAGCCCACUUACAGUAGGGAGAACAGCUAUCUUGGCAGCGAUACAGGCAGUGGGUCAGGCUGGAGGUCCCGUGUGUAUGGAAGUGACGCCGAAACGAACUCGAACACUUACACGAGGACGAGAACUCGUGACAUGACAAACUCUACUGACCAGACGGAUCAGGCGAAAUCAACUCAACAAAAUGGCACUGAAGUCGCCGUACCGGCUUUCAGAGAGGCUAUUGAUAAACUGACUAAAGCUGCAAGGGAUGAACAGAAGGAAGGGAAAAAUCUAGAACUUUUGUCUCCGAACGCAGUGAGAGUCUUACCGAGCUUCCCUUCAGGGGAAAUUGUGCUCAAGAACAAAGCUCCGGCCGACUUUAGCUCCGCUGCUGAAAGUUCUGACGAUGAAGCAGGUAAGAAGAAAGAGGAAAAUAAGGCAACAGAGCCUACAUCGUCUACAUCAAAUACCACGAGUACGCCUACUCGAGCUUUCCGCCACCUGGCAGCCGUUCCAGCACUGCCAACGAAACCUUCAACUUCUCCAACACAAGGCUUGGUUGCUCCUCCUACCUUCAAACGAUCGUCCAGAUACUCAACCGCCGCCACAGAGAGCCUUCCGACCUCCACGUCGCCCUCCAAAUGGUUGAAAGACAAGGACGAAUCAGCUUCACCGACGCCGACGGCGCGCACGAGAAGCAACCUGACCGUUGGUGACUCGAGUCCGAAGUCCACGUCGCCUCUUCCACCUCGCUCUCCCGUCCUCAGCCGUGGGAAAGGAACGUCCGACAUUGGAAAUAAGGAAUGCCGAAAGUCAGUUCUUAAUAUGGAUAUCAAAGCUAGUGAUACAGAAGCUAUGAGGAAACAGCAAGAAGAGAAGAGAGAAGAGCUAAGAAGACUAAGGAGGCAGCGGGGAAAUGACGAUGACAAAGGAAGCAGAAGACCUCCCACUGGAACUGUGAGGACGAGGUCAGGAGCCAAGCUCGAAGAGCUAGGUCGGCAGCGAUCCAGAGGCUCUGGAUCUGACCUUACGAAAAUGGGAUCACAGUCGAAAGUUCCAGAAGAGGAGGAGGAAUCUAGCAGUAGUGACGAAGAAAACCGAGAAGACAAACCUCCAGUGCCUCCUUCAGUGGAGAAAACAUCGUCUAAGUCCAGGGUUGUAGAAAGAAAACAUUCCAAAGGUAAAGGAGAUGCCAUGCGCCGCAGUGGUUCAAUGCGACGCUUCCGACAGUCGUCUCAGACUAGCAAAACAUCCUCCGAGUCCUCCUCGUCGGAGAGUGAGGAUGAAACGCCGGUGGUCACCAUCACGCUGCGCAGGAGGCGGAGGAGCUCCCGAGAGGACAUGUCGGGAGAAAAUCAAAGUCGCCUAUCUCCACGAACAUCCCCACGGAUGGCGAAAAAGGGUUCCUCAGACGAUAUACUGGAAGGUCAGCGAUCUCGCAACAACUCUGCAUCGAAUUUUGUUGGGAGGAGAUCGCGCCAAAGUUCAAAUAACUCAUCGUCCAACCUGGCUAGAUCUCGCUCGGGUAAUAAUUCUCGCGGUAGCAUCGGCGACGUAGAAAAAUCCCGAAGUAAUUCACGAUCCAGCAUUCUUGGCGACAAAAAACUGUCCAUUGGGCCAGACAUCGACAUCGGGGAGAGGAACGACUCAUCUGGCAAAAUUGCAGGAAGCAGGAGCAAAAGCAAUAACAAUCUUUUGCGAGGCAAAUCUGGCGAAAAGCUUAAACGAACCAAAGAGGCCAAGAGUGAGAGUUCCAGUGAGAGUGAAACAUCGGAAACGUCAGAGUCCAGUGAAUCUGCCGGUGAAGAAGGUCAGUUCUUCUCCCUUGCUAAAUCUCGAUCCGUUAAGAAAUCCAAGUCAGGCCUGAACAAGCUUACUGAGAAGAAGGAAGCGUCAAAAUUAGAGGAACUGGGAGACAGGACAAGCCCAGAUGGCAAGGAACAUGUAUCAAGAACAAACUCAGGUGCUGAUAAUUCAGAAUUUCCUUAUAAUAAGGCCAGCAGUGCUGCAGUGUCCAACAAGUCUGUGUCUGAACUGGGGACAUUUGAGUGGCCAAGCGGAAGUCCAUGCGCCUCUCGUGCAAAUAUACAUGACGCUCAAGACAUAUCAAAGAACGACGAAAGUAAUUCUUUGGGUACCUUUGAGUGGGGAAGUGGCAGUCCAGAACUACACACGAAGACGGAUGAUGCAGUUGAUAAAGACCUAGGUACUUUCGAAUGGCCUUCAGGAAGUCCGGAACUGAACCGUCGUAAAGUAACACAAGUAGAAGAACAGGAAGGUUCUUUCUGGAAUAGUAGUGCAAGUCCCACAUUCCCAAGGAGAACCAAAUUAAUGAAUAGAUACGAUACCGAAACGGAAACCGAGACAGAACUUAAUUUAUCGGACGAAACAGACGAAGAGAUAUCCAAAAUGCCGAGUGUCGCCGAAGAGACGGAAGAUGAUUUCAAUUUCGAGUGGCCUAGCAGUCCGGUGCUCGGCCAGCGCCGGGUCUUCGGGUCAGACUACGACACCCAAAAUGAAAAUGAGACGUUCGAGUGGCCAAGCAGCCCAGAACUGCCGGUAAUGAAGAAUCCGAAGUUCAUCAGCUUUACCGAAGACAUCGACCAACUUCUCAGUAACGAUGUAGAAGACAAUUUUGCGGAGAUGGAAAGAUUACUUGGUUACUCUCCUCCGCCAACGGAAGAGGAAGGAGAUGACACAAAGAGCACCUCAAGCAAGAUCAGCAGCGGUGCCCUAGACUCAAAAGCAUCGACGGAUGGAGGCACAGUGGAAGAGGAGGAGGAGGAGGAGGAAGAGGAAGAAGAGGAGGAGAAUGAAGCAGAAAACGAAACCAAAGUUGAGGAGAAGAAAGAAUUGCUGAAGGAUCGAGCGAGAAAAAAUUUGUCACUUUUCAUAGGAAAACUAACAAAUAUCGAUGAGAUUCUGGGGUCAGUGCUGAAGCCAUUGACGUCAUCCGCUAGCAAGAAGAAGGAGGCCACAGAUGAUGACGGUCAGCACCGCAGGAAAGUUGUUAAAGUUCCCAAGAAAAUUGACUUCAAGAAUCUUCGGGACUCGAGUGUGGAGGAGAUCGAUGCGGCCGACGUGAAGGUGCACGACGCCAAGGCUAACCGGGCAGAGAUCGACGAGAAUAUCGAGGAAAUCGACGCUUCGGCUGUAAUCAUCCGACAAAAGGAGAAACGAGAAGCUCUCCGCGCCGAAAUCAUCAGCGCUGUCAAAGCAGGGUUGGACGACGCUACUUUGCAGGUGUACCGCGACGGGGACUACGGCACCUACUUGGACCUCGAGUCCUCGCUGGCAGAGCAAGCCGAGGACAUCGACGGCCUCACUGACAGUAAGAAGAAUGCCAUCAUUCUUCGAACGCAACUCUCUGUUCGUGUACAUGCCAUUAUCGAAAAACUGCUCAACUCCGAGGGCCGAGAGCUGCGCCGCGCCCUCUUCUCCCUUAAGCAGAUCUUCCAGGACGACAAGGACCUCGUUCACGCCUUCGUCCAGAACGAUGGCCUCACUUGCCUCAUUAAGGUUGGAUCCUCGGCCGACCAGAAUUACCAGAACUACAUUCUCAGAGCCCUCGGUCAGGUGAUGCUUUACGUUGACGGCAUGAACGGCGUCAUGGAGCACCAGGAGACCAUCCAGUGGCUGUACUCGCUGAUAUCCUCCAAGUACCGCCUCGUGGUGAAGACGGCCCUCAAGCUUCUCCUCGUCUUUGUGGAGUAUACGGAGUCCAACGCCCUUAAACUGAUCACUGCCAUUGAGACUGUUGACACAUCCAGAGGUGACCCCCCGUGGUCUACCAUCAUGCGGCUCCUGGAGGGCCGCGACAGCUUGGACAUGGAGCUGUUGACGUACGCCAUGACGCUUGUCAAUAAGACUCUGAACGGCAUCCCAGACCAAGACACUUACUAUGAUCACACUGACUUCCUGGAGGAGCAGGGCAUGGAGACUCUCAUCGAGAAAUACAUGCAUCGUCCAGAUAGUGAUUUGGACUUGUUGCAGCAGUUCACUAUUUAUGAAGCAGUUUUAUCAUAUGAGGAUGGUGAUGAUGAAUGCCGCACUCGCACUAUUGAUCCAACUAUCAGACAAGUCCCAAGAAUAUCAUCUACAGAUAGAGAUUCCAUUGAUCGUCGCAAGUCUCGAAGACACCAUCAGUCUCCUUCACCAACCAAAAUGAAAAAGUUAGGAGUUAACUUGGGAGAUAAUGGUGGCAGACAGUCCAGCAGUGAUGAGGACCAUGUGACUAUUAUCAACAUUAAUGGUGAAUCCUUCGGUAUACCCCAGGAUGAUCUCAGUAAUGUUAAGCAUGCAGAUGCAGGAGUCACACCUGCACUACGUAGACGUCGUGAGCGAGCUGAGCGCCAUAGAACCUUCAUCAACGAGCAGGAAAUCAUCAAUGAAAGUCGCCGUGGCUCUCAAUCAUCUGACAAUGUGGAAGAUGAAAACCGCAAGAACAUUGAACUGUCUGGUCUGUCUCAAAAGCAGGCUUCUUGGAUGAUGGACAUGAUGUAUGCCAAACGUGAAGAAGAUGGCACAGGUCGUAGAGAAUCACUAACCAAUAUACAGGACAUUGCCUCAAGAAUAUCCAGCCUUCAAGACAAAGAGAAUGUUGAUAACAAUAUGCGCAUGCCAAUUGAAAUCAAUUCAGGGGCAUCAGUUAAGGAACUACAAGAUAAGAUGAUGAAUACUAGUUCAGGCCAACUCGCUGAUGGAGAAAAGUCUGGGCGAAAGGGUGACAUUAGUGAUCGUAUCAACAAAAUCAAGGAUGGUCUCUCUAAAUCACAUUCCAAGGGAGAGAUAAAAGACAGUCCCAUUCCAGUACCAGAACCACCAAAGAAGUCAGAAAAUGACAUACAGUGGGAGCUUUUGAUGAAGCAUUUGAACAGACCUUUGCAACUCUGUGAUCUUGAUUUCUCUGACUUAAAUGCUCAAGAUGAUCAAUUGAUAUUGGAGAGCAAUAAACCUGGAUGUCCACCACCUCCACCUCCACCUGGUGGAGCACAACCUGCAGGUCCACCACCACCACCACCUCCUGCUGGGCCACCUCCUCCUCCUCCACCUGCUGGAGGACCUCCACCACCCCCACCGGCACCUUUAAAGCGGCCAGGUCCUCCUCCAGCUCCAGCAGCACCUCAAGAUGGUGAUGCUCCACCACCACCACCGCCUCCUCAGAAUGGUGUUGAUGGUCAGCAGGAUGAGUCAAACAAGCCGCACAAGACAAAGAAAACCAUUAAGCUCUUCUGGAAGGAGGUGCGCGAUCCAAGAAUACCUGAGGCUACUAUAUGGGACAAGAUGGAAGACAUUCCAGUUGAUACACAAAAACUUGAGCAUCUCUUUGAAUCCAGAGCAAAGGACCUUAUAGCAAAGAAACAACAAGAGCAAAAGGGCAUAAAAGAAAUUGUGGUGUUGGACCCCAAAAGAUCUAACGUCAUCAAUAUUGGUAUGACUAAGCUACCACCACCACGCACGAUUAAGACAGCAAUUUUGAAAAUGGACUCCUCAAUCAUCAAUCGUGAAGGCAUUGAGAAACUCCUUACAACCAUGUUACCAACACCUGAAGAAAAGCAGAAAAUUCAAGAGGCUGCAAUAUGCAAUCCAGAGUUACCUUUAGGUUCAGCUGAACAGUUCCUUAUGAUGCUGUCAUCUAUAUCAGAGCUCCCAGCUAGAUUAAAGCUUUGGAUUUUCAAAUUGGACUAUGAUAAUAUGGAGAAGGAAGUGGCUGAACCUCUGAUGGAUGUAAAGCAAGGCACAGAGGAUCUUAUGAAGAACCACACUUUCAAAACAAUUUUAGCUGUCCUCAGAGCCAUUGGUAACUUCCUGAAUGGCACAGAAUGCAGAGGCUUCCACAUUGAUUACCUGUCUAAAGUUCCUGAGGUUAAGGAUACUGUCCACAAACAUUCUCUCUUGCAUCAUCUUUGUCACAUGGUUAUUGAAAAAUAUCCAGACACAUCUGAUCUCUAUUCAGAGAUUGGUUCUAUAACUCGUGCUUCUAAGGUUGACUUUGAAGAACUGGCAAAGAAUAUUGUCAAAAUGGAAAUAGAGUGCAAAUCAUCAUGGGACCAUCUAAAAGCUAUUGCCAAGCAUGAUGGGCCAACGCAAAUAAAGCUGAAAAUGUCUGAGUUCUUGGCUGACUGUGCAGAGAGAAUUAUUGUUUUGGGCAUUAUCUAUCGUCGUGUGAUGACCAGGUUCCAGCGAUUCCUCCUGUGGCUUGGUUUCCCACAACAUGUAUCUCAGGAAAUUAAAGUGCAGGAAGUGUGCUCAACUAUUAGUGAAUUUGCCCUUGAGUACAGAACCUGCAGAGAACGGGUGAUACAGCAGAUACAGAAGAAGGCAAACCACCGAGAAAGGAACAAGACUCGUGGCAAGAUGAUUAUGGAGAUGGAAAAGUUCAAGAGACCAAAGCAGACAAAGGAGGAGAAAGCAGACUCGGACCUCAGGCAGCUUCUUAACUACUCUGAUGUAUCUGACACUGAAACUAUUCGAGGGAAGAGCACAUGGAGAAGGACUAGAGAAGGUAAAGCACGUAGUCGAGGUGAAGAGGCAAUGGCAGAGAUGAUGGGAGAAGGGGAUGAUGCCCUGCUUGAUUCUUUAGUGAAGACUGCUACACAAGGCCCCUCAUCUAGAACUACACCUCGGGAACGCAAGCGGUCUCGACAUGCUGACCGCAAGUCUUUGAAGCGGUCCAGAACUCGUGACCGGAACCUCAUUAAUGAAUUGGAAGCUCUUCAAACUGUUCAAGAACUCCACGUUGACUAGCUCUACUUCAACUAUAGCUUUCCUCAUUGCUUUUCUUGCGGCGUACCCUGAAGAAUGGACUUACAGAAGAGGAAAAACGUCUCCUUGCAAUGAUUGCCGCACAGACCCGUUGAAGCCCCAGCAAACAAGUCUUUCCAUACCAAUCAUCACCCACUCCUGCUAUUCUCAUUCUCUGGGACUUUCAUGAUAUACCAAGGGCUCGUUCUAGAGUCUAAUAUAGUAUUAGCAGAUGUUUAUGUUUAUUCUUUAGGCUGACAUCAUAAAUAUAGUGUUAUGUUGGUGAUACGAUCUAGUCAGUCAGGAGUAGUGAAAAACAUCUCCAGGGUCGUCGUUCUGAUAGCUGCAUCAUGGUCAUUUUCUACAAGUAUAUUUUAGCUUCAAACAAAUGAUCCAUGCAUACCAAUGUCCAUAUUUCACUAGCCUGUUUUUCAAAAUGCAGUUCUCAAUUGCCUAACUCCUAAUAAUGUAGGAACCUCAUACUGCUGCACUUAUAAUGAUUCUUGUAGGGCUAUUGUGGGAGUCCCUGCAAAAUUUACAAACUUCCUUUGUCUUUUCAUAUUUCCAGCAGCUUUUUCUUUUCUUUUCAAGAUACUGUUUAGGUUGCAAAUGAAUUUUUACUAUCCUAUGUAUGGCAAGUAUUUUUCAUAUUUAGGAGUUUUAGAAGAUAAUUUAAUCUGCUGUGAUGUCCUGUUGAAAAUAUUGGCUAUUGCCUUUUUUGUAAAUAGUCCUGCAUCAAGUUGUAAAGAGUGCUGUUGCCCUGUGCAGGCUUGUGCCAUGAGAUGUGUAUGCUUCUUGAAGUAUGUAAGGGUAUAUCCCUCAAAAUUUCAGUUCAUUGGACAUCACUCCUUUUAAAGACACUGUCCCUUCAUAAAAAUAUCUCUUUUCAUCAUUCUUUCAAGAGGAUCUGGUUCUUUAACUGUAAUAUUUUUGGUGAUUCACCUAAGGUCACAAACACAUCUUCAUGCUGGUCAUAGAUGACUAACAAAUUGGAAUAUUUUGGACAUGGUGUUUGCAAUUCCUAUAUAUACAUGAGCUUUACUCAAAAACAAAACAAAAUUAGACUGCAUUAUCAUGCCCAGUUUUCAAUUUGUAAGUUUUAAUGUGUCCUAUUUGUAGCGCCCACACAUAUCCCAACUGCAUAGAUGCUUAUACUGCAUAUAUGUUUAAUUAAAGUGAUCAUUAUUUCAGUAUACAUUUUCUCUGUCUUCCAGGAAUACUCAUUUGGUAUCCUGUGUAGAUUAGCUUCAAAUAUUUUCCAGUAAUAACCUGAAGGGCAGAGAAGCAAUUAAUACUCAUUGUUAGUAGAAAUAUUGUCCUACUGUAGAUGAGGCAUAUGUGGGUUGUUGCAUGGGGGUUCGCCUUUACUGGAUGAUUAUUGAUUUAAGAUGCAUUAUCAUAAUGCAGUAAGUCAGGUUUAAAUAUAUUAUGACAUUUUAAUGUUACUUUUGAGAUUUUGAUACUCAAAAUAGUGCUUCAUGAAAUUUAAAUAAAAAAAAGGCUGUGCA